CGGCUUGCCACUGUUUAAGAGCUCGAAUUUACAACUAUGGCCCAUUUUAGGACUUUUGUUAAGUGCUCCAAUGAAGGAACCUGUUGUCAUCGGACUUUUUUGUGGUACAAAAAAACCAAAUGCCCCUGAUGAUUAUUUGAAAGAUUUUACUGACGAGUUAAAGCAGUUGCAGGAAGGAUUUCUUUUUAGAGGAAAAAGAUUUUUCAUUGAACUGGAUUCUGUUAUUUGUGAUACUCCAGCUAGAGCUUUUGUAAAAAAUACAAAAGCUCACAAUGCGUAUCACGGAUGUGACAAGUGUUGCCAGCCAGGUGUUUAUAUUAACAAUAGAAUGACAUACCCCAUUAAUGAUUUAGUGUUACGGACUGACUCAUCAUUUUCAGACAGAACAGAUGAGACACAUCACCACGAGGGAGCACAUGGAUUUUCUGGUUUAGAUGUGGGCAUGGUAUCUAGAUUCCCUCUGGAUUACAUGCACCUUGCAUGUUUAGGUGUCACACGUAGAUUGUUAAAUGUUUGGCUGAGGGGCCCAUUGAAAUUUCGUUUGUCUUCUACUCUUGUUGACAGGAUUUCUGAAAAUUUGAUUCAGAUGCGGGCAUAUAUACCUGCUGAGUUUGCAAGGAAGCCGAGGUCUCUGAGAGAGCUAGACCGUUGGAAAGCAACUGAACUAAGGCAGUUUCUGUUGUAUACUGGUUCAGUUGCUCUGGCACCAUAUUUGAAUAGUGAUUUAUAUAACAACUUUAUGUUAUUUUAUACAGGUAUGUGUAUCCUUGUCAGUCCUCAGUUGUGUUCAUUGUAUAGUAAUUAUGCAGACACACUGCUCACAACAUUUUUAAGUCAUUUUGGGGAGCUUUAUGGCAAAGAUGCCCUAGUGUACAAUGUGCAUGCCUUAGUCCAUCUAUCAGCAGAUGCGCGCCUUUACGGUUGUUUGGACUCUAUCUCAGCUUUUCCAUUUGAAAAUUAUCUCCAUAAACUGAAGAGGUUUGUAAGAAAGCCAGAAUUUCCCCUUGCACAGAUAAUAAGAAGAUUGUCAGAAGUUGAAAAGAUCAGUACCACUGAGUUGCCCCGUAAGGAUUUAAGAAUGCAACACUAUGUUGGGCCUGUGCCUGAUGGCCUUCAAGCAGUAGCACAGUACAGGGAACUUAAGACUGAACAGUGGUCCAUGAGAGUUUCCACAGGUGAUAAUGUUUUUUCUAUAGAUGGAGAGAUUUGUCUUGUAUACAACAUCAUUAAGUCUGUGGAGGGAAUACAUGUUGUCUUUAAAGUUUUUACACAACUGGAAAGUUUCUUUGACUAUCCAAUGAGCUCAGAUUUUCUAAGAAUAUUUGUAGUAUUACAACCAACAGGGCCAUUUAAGGUGGCCAAACUGUCACAAGUCUCGCAUAAGUGUAUGCUCCUGCCUUACAAAGACAAAUUUGUUGUCAUGCCACUUUUGCAUAUCUGCUGUAGUAGUGCUUAAAUCUCUUAGGAUAUAUUCUUAACUAUUUUAUUUUGACUGUAGACUGACUUGACUGACUGAACACUGAACACAAGAAUUGAAGAAGAGCAACUUGACCCCACAAAGGUGUCUAAAUACUUCAAUACAUUAAAUGACUAUUGGAGGAAAAUUUUGCUAUUUCUUUUAAGUAAUUCAAUUAUUCAAUUUCUAUUUCAGAUGUUUUUGGUUGUCGAAUUCACAUCCAACAAAACUGUGAACAUCAUCCCAGAGAAAUGGUUUGCGGAUGGCGUCACUUGGUGGCCAAACUAUAACAACGACGAACGCAUAAAUAGAGCGGUACAAAAAUGUGAGGACCCAGCAACAGGCUGGACACUUAAUGAUGUCCGUGUCCUCUCCAGAGCUGGUGAUUAUCUAAAGGCAAGGGACAAAUUG